CACAAGUCUUUUAAUACCUGAUAAUAUUAAUGACGUUGUGGACGAUGAAGCGAAUAACGAUGUGAUUAUCAAGAAGAAUGAUGGAACAGGUUUUGAAAUAGGUAAUGAAGUGAAUAACGAUGUGACCACCGAAGAGAAGGAUAAUGAAGCAAAUAUUGUUGUGGAUGAUAAGGAAAAUAAUGAUGUAAUCACCGAAGAGGAGAACAUUGAAGCGGAUAAUGAGGCUAAUACCGAAGAGAAGAGUGAUAAGGCAAAUGUUGAAUGGAUUGACGGGAUUGAUGAAAUUGAUGAGGAUCCUCCCAAACAAGACAAUCGACCUACCAAAUCUAUAUUAUCAUUCAAUCUUUCGAAAAAAUACGGAUUACAUUUUGCUCGAGAUUUAUGUUUAAAUAAGGAUUUUAAGGAAGAUUGUAAAAAUUUUUGCAAACAGCUUGUUUAUGAUAAAUCAAUUAGAGACUCUAAAGAUUAUUUUUCUGUAGAAGAAUAUGAAGCUUAUCGA